UCCUCCAUUUUGGCGCUGAAACAGCAGCCAAAAGUAAAUUUAUCUCGCAAAUUUCGCGUCUUGAAGGCGUCCCAGUUGGGACACAAGGGGAGUUUUACAAGGGACAAGUGUUCCUUGUAGUUUGGUGUCAUUUUUUACAUUUAUUUCUUCUCUCUUUCACUUUAUUUCUGCGACAAAAUCUCAAGAAUUUUAACCAGAUUUGUGCAAGUAUGGCUUUCUUCACUUUUUAAGUCUGCUCGCCAUGUUCAAUAAGCUUACAAACAAAGUCUCUUCUCCACUUGGAGUGAACUCCAGUUGGUUUAACGUUUUAUUUCAAAAAACUCAGUCUUGUACUGAGUGUAUUGUUGUGGAUGAGCGAGGAGAGGAACGGUCAAAUGGAGCGACGAACAACGCAAGGAGUUGUCCCCGCUUCGCCAUCUCCGAGAAGUAGUUCUAGCAAAGAAACAGUACCAAAGGGUAAACAAUGGAGAGGUGGAGCCAAAAGAUCAAACAAGCAGUAUUACCCUGAAAAACAAGGCUACCCUCAACGAAGUAGCUCUCAGUACCAACGGUAUGUUAAAAGGCCAGGCCAGAGAGGAGACUACCAAAGCACUGUCAGCAGAAAUAACAAUGCUGGAGAAGUUGAUGUUCCAGUGAAUAGCCCUACAGAAAAAGGACCUUCAGGCUCCAAGAAGUUCACCAAUUCCUUGAACUCUCUGUUGAAUUUCAAGUAUGCUCCAAGAGAGAGGAGCUACAACCAGCGUGUAAAGUUUACUGGCAAAAGACACAACUUUAACAAGGAACGUUUCUUGCAGGCCAAUUGCCAGUUUGUAGUGAAUGAUACUGCAGACUAUACUGUCUAUGGUAUUGAUCCUGAUCUUCUAGUGGACUGGUCUCUCGUUGAGCAAGUUCGAAUUUUCAGUCAUGAAGUUCCUUCAUGUCCCAUAUGUCUAUAUCCACCAAAAGCAGCAAAGAUCACACGCUGUGGACAUGUGUAUUGCUGGUCAUGCAUACUUCAUUACCUGUCUCUUAGUGAAAACUCAUGGGGAAAGUGCCCAAUUUGCUUUGAAUCUAUCAUUAAACAGGACUUGAAAAGUGUUGUUGCAAUGGAGAGUCAUCAUUUUAAUGUAGGCCAGACCAUAACAAUGAAACUCAUGAAGAAAGUAAAGAACACAACACAGGCUUUGCCUGUAUCUCAGUGGCAGGAAAGAGAAAUGAAGCCUUUCAACAUCAAUGACUCGGUCAACAAGUGUUACUCCAAGCUUUUGUUAGCUUCACCUAAUGAUGUCCUCAAGGAGAUAAUAGAACAAGAGGAAACUGCUUUGAAUGCUCAACUUGCAGAAGCCAAACUAGAACAGUCCUCAGAAGUUUGUUUCAUUGAAUCUGCACAAACUGAGUUGAAGGUCAGAAAAGAUGGUUUGCAGGGGGAGCAGAAGACAGUUGAAGAAGUCUGUGAAUCAUUGGAAAGACUGACCCCACCAUCUUCAGAUGAAGGAAGUAGUGAUGACAAUCAAGAUGAAAAUCCUGGAUGGAAUGUUUACAGACCAGAUAACCCUGACAACCAGGGUGUUGAGUUUGAAGCAGCAUUUUCAGACGAUGAAAGUGUAGCUGAAAGUAAUGGCUAUAGAAAUGGCUCCAUUACCAACGAAAUCAACUCCAAAGAAAGAUCAAACUCUCAACAAAGUUGUGACAGUGAAAACACUUCUCAAGAGAUCACCCAAGAGACUGAAGUGGCUCCCUCAAAAUGCGAUUUUGCAAGCAGUGAUACUAACAUUCCAGAAAAGAAGGGCUCUUUUGAUUCAAACCAAGAUCAAACUUACAGUUACUUCUAUCAAGCUGAUGAUGGUCAAAAUAUCUUCCUUCAUCCUAUCAAUGCAAGAUGCUUAAUCAAGGAGUAUGGGAGCCUUGAAAAAUGCCCAGAAUGCAUUUCUGCAAGCAUUCUGGAACUUGAAGCCAUGUCCCAGACAGAGGAAACAAGAAAACGUUAUCGUUAUCUAAACCACUUACCACUGACUUGUGAGUUUGUCAUCUGUGAGCUGGAGUUAAAACCCCCAGUUGUUUCUUCUGAUACUUUGGACAUUUUUAGAGUUGAAAUUCAGAAGAGAAAGCAAAGGAGACAGAAAAAGAUUAAAGUUGAGAAAAGAAGGGAGUUAAAAGUAGAUGCUAAGAUGGCAUCCAUUGAUGGCAGACCUGUUAUUUCAAUGCGUCAGGCUGCAGAAGAACUAAACCUCAACAGUGAUGUUGACUUUCCUAAACAGUCGGCCUUGGCAAUGGCUAUGUCACCAUUAGGACAUAAACCUGGUCCUUUUGCACAGUUUACUGAUGCUACUACUGUCUUUAAUGAUGCAGAAGAAAGUGUUGUUGAACCUGUGGGUCUUGAAGCAAGUGGGAUGUCUCCACCUUCAUUUGCACAAGCAUUAAGGGCAGGCAAAGCAAUGGAAUUUUCUAAACCUAUCAAAAGACAGCAACAGGAGGAAGCACGAGACAUUCCAAAGACUGGCAAUGGUUAUGAUAGUGAUGAAGAUUACGUCCCACCACCCACCUAUCAAUCUACUUUCUCUGAUGCCCUCUCUGUUGCUAUCUCUGAAAGUCUGGACAAUCAUCUCAACUCUGGUGCAGGUCAAUCUAUUGGGAAAGUUGGUGGUGGAAAGCACAAGAAGAAACCAAAAAAGAAACUUCUUUUCACUACUGGACACAUGAAAUUUAAUUAGUCCAUCAAGUCUAGUAAUUAAUUUUAAAUCAAUUAAGUGUAUUAAUUAAUUUUAAUCAGAUUUUGUUGUAGCUGAAAAAAACCUAUAUCAUUGAUAAUUUUUGACCAUUGCUGUUACUGAAAAUGAGUAGUUUUGAAGAAGACAAAUAGAUGCUGAUACUUGGUAGGCAGGCAGACAGUUUCAGGCAGACAGACAGACAGUGUAAUUCAGGCAGACAAGUAUUAAUCAGGCAGUUUUAGGAAGGCAGACAGACAGACAGUUUCAGGUAGGCAGGUACAGUAUGCAUCAGUCUGUAUACUUGUCUCUUCAGAACUUCAGUUUUGAACUGAAAAAAUAAAGGAACAGCAAAUUUGCAUGAAUUAUUUUAUGAAGUCCAUAAAAUGGUAUUUUUUGUGAAUUAGGUGUAACCAUUGUAGUAAAGAAUAAAUUGUUCAAUUGAGCAUGA